AUGAAUUACAUGAAGAAGCUGCUGGGGGGCGGAGGUGCAGGCCCCCCUCCGCUUGCGAACCAGGGACCUCAGGACUCUCUGGGGCUCAUGCAUCUGAAUAAACUCUACGCUGAGUUCGCGGAACCCCCUGAACCGCAAAGAGCAUCUGACCAGCAAGUGAAACUCUACAACAUGCUUCCAUUGUUUUGCAAGGUUUUUGACAACUGUCCGGCGGAAUCGAUGCAAGCCAGCUUCGACAACAUCGUUCCAUUCGCGAGAUCGGUCGCCAAGCUCCUCGUGAGCGAAGUGCGACUUAGGGCUUCGAAUCAAUCAACAGAAAUGGCUUCUUCGGCUAUCGCGCAAUAUCUCGAGCUGUCAGCGAGCCCUGACGAAAAUGCGUCCCAAGGAUGGCUGCUCCUGACGGCUAUAAACCUGCUGGCCGGAGCGGGACCACGCGUCGUCGAAGCCCUCGCGAGUCAGUCACUACCGUCGACGCUCGUGAAAUGUCUGUAUUUAUUCUUCGAUCUGCCACCUCUCAAAGAGAACAACAGCUCGACCGGAGCCGAAACCAUCAAACAACAACUCGAAGCCGAGAAAGAAGUGAACAGCAAUAACGCUGUGGUUUCGCAACAGCCUAGUGAGAGCAUCUCGAGUCACGAGAGGCGAAUUCUGCUGCAGAAGGUUUUUGUUCAGCUGGUGAUGCGCUUAUGCAGCCAGCCGUGCUCUUCCGAAGAGCUGGCGCAUAGGGACGACCUGGCAUUGCUUUUUUCGGCCAUUACAACAUGGUGCCCCGAGCACAACUCGCAGUGGAGGAAAAGCGCGGGCGAGGUGCUCAUGACGGUCUCGCGCCAUGGCCUCACAAAAAACGUCAUCGGCUACAUUCACAAACAGCAAUGCAUUUCGAAUUGUGUCGAUAACAUGCGCAAAAGGAUGCACGAGUUCAGCCCGAGCCAGAAGCUCGAAAUGUUCGUGUGCCUGUUCUGCCUGCUCAAAGAUUCAAGUGAAAUCAGUCAUGUGCUGCUUGAGGAUUUCAAUCAUUGCGCCGGCUACAGCCUCGUCGCCGACUUCAUGCUACGCUGCGAGACGGAUCUCAACGAGGAAAACGAACAGGUCCUAUCAAGCCUCAGCGUCCUACUUACGUCGCUCGUUACUUGCGGUACGGAACCUCUCAAGCCGACGCACCCUCAGAGCCUAUUCCACAUGGACGGCUUUGUUUUACCACCCGCCUUGGCGAGAGGAACCUGUGUGCGAAACCUGGAAGCCUACAAAGUGAUUGAGAUCUGUUUCUGGCGGGCACAGCAGGAGAGGCUCCAACAGCUUUUGCUCGACAGCAUAUCAAGCAUCUUCAGAGCGGAUCCAGCGAACUACUUCAUUUUGGAGCCGACGUUCCCCCUUUCGGCCCUCCUGGAAAAAAUGCACAACAAACCAAAAAAAAUCCGCUGUGGUCUGUUGAAACUAGUCGAGUUCGUGCCGGAAAACCUCCGUUUCGUGCCAUGCAAGGAGAUCGUCGCCAUCAGCACUCUCAUCAAAGACCCGGAAUGCACCGAGGAAACGGGUCUGCUGUGUUUGGAAAGCCUGCAAAACAUACUCAAGGUCAAAGCCUCGCUCUUUAGAAAUGUUUUCCGGGAAGUGGGUCUUCUCGAAGUUCUCGUGUUGAAACUGCAAAUCUGCGACGAGGAACAAGAGCUCGUGCAGCCAAUUAUCGACAUACUGCAGGCUUUGCUAUCCGGAUCUCAGGAGAAUUGCGGGGUGUUCCGCGACUCGGGCGGGAUGAAGUGUGCACAGGGCCUCCUACGGUCGGCGAGAUGUAGACCUCUGGCCCUGAAUCUAUUCAAAGAAGUCAUGACGUCAUCAGCAAAUCCCGACGAAGACAUGACCUGGCUCCUCGCAGCCGUUCAGACUGCCGAUGCUCAGGUCGAGUUGAAAAUCGACUGCCUUCUGACUCUCUACGCUUUGCUGGGAGAGAGCCAUCGGAUUCGGAGUGUAUUCAGAAAAGUUGGGGGCUUCGUGUACUUGAUGACGUUGUUGGCGUGUCUCGAGGGUUGUCUAUCACCAACCCAGUCGCCCCACAGACCCCCGAAACUCAUGAAACUUAUCCGUACGAUCUUCGACACAAUCGCCAUCGCGAUGCGAUACGAGCCCGCGAACGCCAAAGUAUUCGCCAGUGAGAUCUGCCAGACGAACUCGCUUGUGGACUCGGUGAAACUGCUCGGCUCUUUCGCUUGCAGCGACGCAACGAAAACCCUCGAGCAAAUCCACUCUGUGUUCACGAGCAAUUGCGAGGACAAGGUGACCGAAUACGACCAUCUGGACCUGUGCACACUGGUCAUGAGAUAUCUGUACGACAUGGCCAUCGACUGCAACUUGACAGCGUCGAAACUGCAACUUCAAACUGGUCAGAACUCGCACUGUACCGUCCUCCCGCCAGGAGCAGCAUUGUGUUUGACGUUACCGCCAACGGAAGAUCCCCUCAUUGUGCACUCGGGGGUCGUCACAGGACUCCUUCAAAUACUACCGUCGCUUUGCGACAAGAACGUACAACUCUACAUGGCUGAAUUACUUAGAUCUUUGGUCAGGACCGAAAGGAAUCAACAGAUCAUGUGUCAGGCAGGAUUAGCUGGUCAACUGGUGUCGAAGAUGAAAUCGGCACUCGAAGACGAAAGUCAUCAACUCCAUAUCGUCACCCAAUACAUGCUGGAACGUUUAGCGGCCCAGGCACUCGAGCCGCGGGAGCUCCGGGCGUUUCUGCGUCUUGGGAGUCCUCUACGCUGUGAUGGACCCUUCAAGGACGGUGGAUCCGUUCCUUUAACCCGAAUCAAAACCCUGGUAUCGAUGACAACCCCAAAAGACGGACCGACCUUGUCCACGGUGUCGGCGGCGUUUGUCGAGUUCUCCCUCCAGCGCGAGGGCUUUUCGUGUUUGUUUCUUCCCUCGAUCGCUCCGCAGUCCCUCUCCGGACCUGCGAUGGUCGGAGUUGGAGCUGCCGCUGAUAACGUGUUGGGUGGAAUCGGAGCCGGAGACCGAGUUUUUCCACCCCAGACAGGUCUGACGUUUUCAACUUGGUUCCUGGUGGAGCGUUUCAGUGGCUCACACCCUGUGCGACUACUCAAUAUAACUCGCCAAAUGCGUGAAGACCAAACACCGUGUCUAGCGCUCGAACUCUCCGAGAGGGAAGUUCGUGUCCAGGUGAACCAGGACAGAGCACAGUAUCCCGUCGGAAGAGGCAUUGCCUGUGGAGAAUGGCAUCAUAUCGUCGUAUGCCUCACGAGAUCGGUCCUCAAGAACAACUGCUCGGUCGGACUCUUCUUCGACGGGGUGCAGCUGCACGGGAAUCACAGUAAACUCAGUUACGUGCCACAAUACUCUGGAGCAGGAUCUCAAAAUAUUUUCGCCAUAAUCGGUACGACACCGCUGCAACGCCAAGUGUGCGGUCUAACCUGGAAGCAGGGACCGUGCCAUCUUAUAGAAGAGCCGCUCGGGGAACAAUCCGUAGUGCAGCUGUUUACCCUGGGUCCCGCCUACGUGGGUUCACUGCAGAGCCAGUCGGGACUCCAGGUUCAGGAAGAGAGAAUUACAUUUGGGCUAAACGCGACUGCCGUGUCCACCAUGACUCUGGCCAAGAUGCGACGCGUGUACUCGAAGCACGACUGCAAAGCGAUCGCCAAGAUGCUGGGGCUGUCUUCUCACGAGAACGCCACCCCCAUCAGGAUAUUGCACAACUCUGCCGCCCAUCUGGCUGGGGCAGCCCGAUCGCUUGGAGCAGUUCUCAUAGGAUACCUAGGCGCGCGAACUUUCGUGCCGCGACCCGUAGCGGUCACGAUGGAGAGCGUAGGAGGCACUGCAGCUCUUCUAGCGCUAGUCUCUUACGCGAGCAACGUAGAGUCGCUGUACGCGUCACUAAAGGUCCUGGUUUGCGUGGUGAGAGCUAACCGUCCCGCGCAACAGGCCAUGGAACGCACUAAAGGAUACCAAAUAGUCGCCGCUCUCCUCAAGAACAAGAGCGCACUGCUUAACUGCCACAUACUGCACCUAGCCCUGAGUCUUGUGGGAAGCGCCGAAUGCGCGCCGACCGCCGCCGGUCGGAAUUCCAUCGCGCCUUUUCGGGACAUUCUAUGCAACCUCGACGUGUGGAGGGACUCCGCACAAGAUCUGCAGCGGUCUCUCUACGAACAUCUGCUGCAAGUGGCAUCCGAUUCGCCGGAAACCGUGACGCUGAUGAGGGAACUGGACCUUGUAUCGCGCCUCAUCUUCACGCUAUCGGAACCCUCCAGAAUGGCGCCUCAAACCGUAGCGACUUGCUGUGAUCUUCUCAGAUUAAUGCUACAAAACACGCCUCGGAACUGUGACAUUCUACGAUUCGGUCAAUUCAUAAUCUGGACGCUGCCACCACGACAGCAGGAAAGCGUGUUCACGACUCUUCGGGUCAAGUGCCUGCAGCUCUUGAGCGCCAUGGUUGCGCCGUCCAAAUCGGCGGUCAACUCGGGCCUCUGUGAACAGAUUUCCAAAGUUCUCGGCUUGGACUGGUUCGUCGUGCUGCUCUCCGCUCACCUCGACCUCAGUACCAACCUGAUCGCACUUCAACUGCUGUCGUGCAUGCUGUGCCACCAGAAUCUUUUGCUGAAAUUCCGCGACGCUAGCAGUAACGGAGGAUGGCUGCAGGAAACCGACCCGGUCCUGUUGGGCCUUCGCGUGAACACUCAAUUGCGCAACAUCAAACAGGAAGUCCUCCAUAUCGGUGGUUUCCAAUCGCUCGAGUGGACCCUCGCCAAGAUCCAUCCUAACGCCACCUUCAGCAACAUGCUCCUAGCGAUGUUGUUCUCGAGACCAGUGACGAAACUACCGUGCGAAAGCGUCGAGACGGGCCCGAUCAACAACGACGUGUUCGUCACGCUCUGCGCGGUCCUUAGAUCGAUGCUCAGUAGCGGCAACGACAAGGCAGCCAUGGCCAUUCUGGAAGUAAUUUCGAGGCGAUGGAGCGAUUUGACCGCGUGUUGUAUCAACAACGAGGAAUCAAUCUCAGCUUUGGCGUCAAUUGUGUUCCCACCGGGAAAUCCGAACCAAGUUCCCGAAUUCGAAUCGAACAAAGACGAAAACCUCCAUUCAGGAGAAAGUGUCGGGUUGACAUUUGCACUUCUCACUAAGCUCAUGCUCGAGGGACUGGCGUCGGUGCAAAACGCACACAUCUUAGACUAUCUGAUGAACAUCGAGUACUUGGCGAGCUCAGUGGAGCAGCAGCGCCAGUUCAGCACGGUUCUAUUAUCGAACACCAUAGCCGAAAUCGGAGAUCUCAGCGGAAUUUCUCAAAAUAAUCUCACUCAAUUCAUUGUCGGUCUUGUCGACAAAUUGUGGCUCGGUUUGUACACUGCACCGGGAAUAAGCGUCGUCAACUUUGUGUCCAACGUGCUCCUGAACAGUCAAGGAGUUCGGAACUACGAUAUACUGCGAUCGAUGGGCCGUUCCGUGCUAUUUGUUCUCUCCCGAGACUGUGAGCUGCAAGAGAAACUUCAGUGUCUCCAUCUGCUCAUAAGCAACGAGGCUCUGCUGCAUCUAGACGCGGAAAUUCUUGCCGCCCUGACAUAUUCUCUCGCACAGUUUGCUCAACAGUGCCCUCUACCAAUGGAAACGGUCCGUCGGACGACGAUCCACAUUUCGCCGAGUGCAAGCAUCGCUCUAGCCUCGCAGGACGAAGCGAACCUGUUGAUGGCGGCAGCUGCUUGCAAGCUUUGGCAAAUGAUUUACCAGAGAAGCAAAACGCAGUUGGAGGAUAUUUGCCGCUUCCAAUUCAAUACUUCUAACAACACGACGCAAAAUACCGGAUCGACGCAGACUACGAGCGAGGCUCCCGACCUCUGUCAACUGUGGGAGACUAGCAGAGAGCCCCUAAAUAAAGCGUGGAUCGCCUUCCUCGAAGCCGAACGAGCUGGAAAAGGGAGCAUGAUAGGAUCGGCGGACAUCUCAUCGCAGAUCCAGAAUAGAGUGUCGAGACUGACGGGAGGCCUGAGUAGGCUAGCGAGUAGGAAAAUUCGCAAAGUGGCCGUGGUCGCGAGUGCGGCGCACACUCUGGCGUCCUCUGGCGUGAACGCGGAGAGCAUGACGAUCAGCAGCAUGGCCGUCAACGCAGCUACAGCCACUGUCACUCAGAAGAUCACUCAGUCGAUGAACAGCAAUAGCAGCACCGUCACGAGUCUAUCGCACGACGAGUAUGAUAUGUGGACACAGAUACACAUUGCCAUCGUACAGGAUUUAGUUGACUUGAGGCUGAAACAACUGUACGCGAAUUCGUCCCAUCUGCAUAAGCACGUCAUGCAGGAGUGGACUCGAAUGGAGAGCGAGCUGAGCGAGGAAAGAGGGCUAUGGGGUCCUAUGGAAGCUUCGUCGCUCGACAAGUGGAUGCUCGAUUCGACAGAGAGUGGACCUUGCCGUAUGCGCAAGAGAACUUUGAAGAACAAACUUUUCUACCAACACUAUCCGUACAUUGAACAACAGCCCAAUCAGCAGCUAAAGUAUAAGGUGGCAACUAGCUUAGAUAGCAAACUGUACUACGAGCAGCUGGGUCAACUGCUCGGUAGUGGUCCCAACUCCCCCGACGCACAAAGUGCUGGGCGUCAACAGUCCUUACCAUCGACGUCGAGCGAUUACGAAGGUUUGGUAAACGUCGGGGGAGCUAGCAGCAACAAACAACUAUUGUCCGAAAGCGACGACGAAGAGGGCGAUAACGCCAGCCAAGGAGACGGUUCGCCGCACAGCCAGUCGGUCGCGCGUCUACUCGAAGAAGGCGAAAAAAUAACCCACAUGUUCCGCUGUGCUCGAGUUCAGGGACUCGACACUUGGGAGGGUUUGCUCUUGUUCGGAAAAGAGCACUUCUAUGUCGUCGACGGUUUCACUCUUUUGAAGACCCGAGAGAUCCGCGACAUCGAUUCGAUCCCGGAACGAAUGCACGAGCCCAUCAUUCCGAACUGCACUCCGAUCACAUCCUCGUCCCAAGUGACCGUGAAGCAGGGAAGGAUGUGCUCUAAAUUCAGUUAUGACGACAUUCGCGAGGUCCACAAACGCCGCUACCUCCUGCAACCGAUCGCGUUGGAGGUCUUUUCGGCGGAUGGGAGGAAUUAUCUUCUCGUGUUUCCUCGAAAAGUGCGUAAUAAAGUCUACGCGCGCUUUUUGUCCUUGGCCACGGGAAUCACCGACUCAGCACACGAGAGUCUGGCGGGUCAGAGGAGAUCCGCCAACGUUGAGAGCGGAGCUGGAAUACUCUCAUCCCUGAUCGGUGAAACGAGCGUCACCCAACGAUGGCUCCGAGGAGAAAUUUCGAAUUUCCAGUAUUUGAUGCAUCUCAACACGUUGGCCGGACGAUCCUACAACGACCUGAUGCAGUACCCGAUCUUCCCGUGGAUUCUUGCCGACUACGACUCUGAGACGCUGGAUCUGACCGAUCCGAAGAGUUUCCGUGACCUCUCGAGACCGAUGGGCGCGCAAACCUCAGACCGACUGGAGCAGUUCUGCAAACGCUACAAGGAGUGGGAUGAUCCCGAAACACCGCCUUACCACUACGGCACGUUCUACUCCUCAGCGAUGAUCGUAGCUAGUUACCUUGUCCGCAUGGAGCCCUUUACUCAACAUUUCCUGAGGCUACAGGGCGGUCACUUUGAUCUAGCCGACCGAAUGUUCCACUGCAUUAAAGAUGCUUGGACAUCGGCUUCGCGACACAAUAUGGCGGACGUCAAAGAACUGAUCCCCGAAUUCUUCUACCUCGACGAGUUUCUUCUCAACAAGAACCGUUUCGAUCUCGGAGCGAAGCAAAGUGGUGUUCAGCUAGACAACGUGGUUCUGCCCGCGUGGGCAAAGGGCGACGCGCGCGAGUUUAUUCGUCUGCAUAGGCAGGCCUUGGAGAGUGAUUACGUCUCUGCACACCUACACGAAUGGAUCGACCUGAUAUUUGGUUUUAGACAACAGGGCCCACCGGCCGUCGAAGCCGUAAACGUUUUCCACCAUCUGUUCUACGAAGGCAACGUGGACAUAUAUUCGAUCGAUGAUCCACUCAAGAAGAACGCCACGAUCGGCUUCAUCAACAACUUUGGCCAAAUUCCCAAACAGCUGUUCAAAAAACCCCAUCCCGCGAAGAAAGUCGAUCUGGGAACGCCCAAACCCUUAUUUUAUCACAAAAUCGAAUGUCUUCGACCUACAAUGCACCCGGUCCGCGAACUCAAAGGACCAGUGGGUCAGAUCGUACAGCAGGAGAGGUCCAUAUUGGCCGUCGAACAGAAUAAAAUGCUCCUGCCCCCCAAUCAGAAAUACGUUUCAUGGGGCUUCGCCGAUUAUUCCCUGCGGAUCUGCAGCUACGAGACCGAGAAAUGCCUAAUGGUAUGGGAACAGGUUCCCAACGGGGAGAUUCUCUGUGCGACGUGUCCGGAUGCCAAGACGAUCAUCACGGCUGGAACGUCGUGUGUUCUCAACGUAUGGACCGUCACCCCAAAAAAACUCGACCUCAGACAUCAGCUCUACGGACAUAUCGAGCCCAUCACCUGCGUCGCGUCCUCGAGACCCUUCAAUCUCAUAAUAUCCGGGUCUCGCGACGAGAGCUGCAUACUCUGGGAUCUAUCUCGAUUGGCCUUCGUUCGUCAAAUCCCCACCGACUUCGGAGCACCCGUGGCGGCCGUUUGUAUCAACGACGUUACAGGCGACAUCGCAGCCUGCGCCGCGACCCGUCUGUACGUGUACAACGUGAACGGAGUUCUUAUAGCCAACGUGGACAUGGCCGUGUCUAUCGGACAGGCCAGGUCUCAUCAGAUACUUUGCGUCAGUUUCUCUCAGCUAAACGAAUGGGACAAAGAUAACGUUAUUAUCACCGGGUCGUCGGACGGCGUCGUGCGGAUGUGGUCCCCAUCAGUUGAUUCUGAGGGAGCUUCGAUCAUCCUCCGUGGGAAGCUCACCAUGCACACCGCAUUCGAACGCCAGGACAACAAGGAACCAGCGGCCGUGACCGCUAUCGGUAUUUCUCGAGAUCAUCGACACAUCUACGUGGGCGACGCUCGAGGUCGCGUUUUCCAAUGGAGUGUGUCAAGUGAGGCCGGAUCCCGCAGCGAUCACUGGGUUCGAGACGACGUCACCGAACAAUGUACCAACCCGCAGUGUCAGGUCAGGUUCUCCUUGACGGAGAGGAGGCAUCACUGCAGGAAUUGCGGACAGCUUUUUUGUGCCAAAUGCAGCCGAUUCGAAGCCCAAGUCAACCGGAUCGAUUCGGAAAGGAGCGUCCGAGUAUGUCAUUCAUGCUUCCAGUCGCUAUCCGUGGCAAGCAACUAG